AUGAACAAUGGCAGGACAUUGCAUGAGACAGAGGAGAUGCCGAAGGGUCGAUUAUCAAGAAACCAGUUCUUCCUCAUUGCCUUCACUUGCAGUUUUGCUUACUAUGUCUUUCCAGGAUAUUUCUUCCCAAUGUUGACCUCUGUUUCCUGGUUAUGUUGGAUGUUCCCUCAUUCCAUCCUGGCCCAACAGCUAGGUUCAGGUCUCCAUGGCCUAGGCAUUGGUGCACUCGGAUUCGAUUGGUCUAGCAUAUCUGCUUAUCUUGGGAGCCCACUGGCUAGCCCAUGGUUUGCUACUGCCAAUGUUGCUCUGGGAUUUGCCCUUGUCAUGUAUGUAAUAACUCCAGCUGCCUAUUGGCUCAAUAUCUACAAGGCCAAGAACUUUCCCAUUUUCUCUGAUGACCUCUUUACGGCUAGUGGCCAAAAGUAUAACAUUUCAGCCAUUAUAGACCCCAACUUUCACAUUGACAUGGAGGCAUAUGAACGUCAGGGCCCUCUCUAUCUCAGUACCUUUUUUGUCAUGAUCUAUGGUGUCUGCUUUGCCUGCGUCACUGCCACUGUUGUUCAUGUGUUCCUCUUCCAUGGAAGAGAAUUGUGGGAGCAAAGCAAGUCUGCCUUUCAAGAGGCGAAGAUGGACGUGCACACCAGGCUUAUGAGAAAAUACAAGCAAGUUCCUGAAUGCUGGUUCACAUGUAUGCUGUUGCUAAACAUUGCAGCAACCAUAUUUGCAUGUCAUUACUAUAAGAAUCAACUCCAAUUACCAUGGUGGGGCGUCUUGCUAGCAUGCGGCAUUGCUUUCUUUUUCACACUUCCCAUUGGUGUCAUCACCGCCACAACAAACAAUACGCCGGGCUUGAAUGUGAUCACAGAGUACAUUAUCGGGUAUCUAUAUCCUGGUUAUCCGGUUGCUAAUAUGUGCUUUAAGGUGUAUGGAUAUAUCAGUAUGAAGCAGGCAAUCACAUUUCUACAAGAUUUCAAGCUUGGUCACUAUAUGAAAAUUCCUCCUCGGGCAAUGUUCAUGGCCCAGCAAACCAGAGAGAACAUAUACAAUGGGAUUAAAGUUUUCAGUUCUUCAGAGGUUGAUGCUUUUGCGAUUGAUCUUGUGCAUGAUCAGGUAGUUGGUACUCUCAUAUCAGCAUUGGUGCAUUUAGGAACAGCAUGGUGGCUCAUGGACACAGUCCCUGACAUAUGCAACCAGGCCCUACUGCCACCCGGAAGCCCAUGGACCUGCCCGACAGACAAAGUGUUCUAUGAUGCCUCGGUCAUCUGGGGUCUGAUUGGUCCGCAGAGAAUUUUUGGAGAUCUUGGGCACUACUCUUCCAUCAACUGGUUUUUCUUAUUUGGUGCUAUAGCCCCUCUCCUAGUUUGGCUUGCGCACAAGGCUUUCCCUAACCAGCAUUGGAUAAGGCUUAUUUCAAUGCCUGUGCUCUUAAAUGCAACGAUUCAGAUGCCUCCAGCUACUGCUGUGAAUUACACCAGCUGGAUAAUUAUCGGUUUUUUCUCGGGUUUUGUUGCUUAUAGAUACUACCGUGGCUGGUGGAGUCGCCAUAACUAUGUGUUAUCUGGUGCACUGGAUGUUGGAUUAGCUUUCAUGGGAAUAUUGUUGUAUUUCUGUUUGGGGAUGGAGCAGAUUAGCCUUGACUGGUGGGGUACUGAAGCAGAUGGAUGCCCCUUGGCUUCUUGCCCAACCGCACAAGGUAUUGUUGUUGAAGGAUGCCCAGUUAGUGGUUAA